AUGUCCCUGACUAUCAUCCUUUCGCUGCUGCUUGCAACUAUUUCAUAUGCUUCCCCAUUGUGCAAGAUAACACCAUACGAGGCAGAAUGGCCAUCUCAUGCAGACUGGGCAUCCCUCAACAGCUCCAUCAAUGGUCAGCUCCUCAGCACCAUCCCAGUGGCCUCCUCCUGCUGGGCCGGCAAUCCUUUUGAUUCGCCGGUCAACUGCAGCACUGUCCAGUCGAACUGGGCUAACGCUGCCUGGCAAUCCCGGUUCCCUGAGGCUAUCAACUACCCGGUUUACGCAAACAAGUCUUGCCUGCCUCCUAGUGACUCGGCUUACGUCGCUGGGCGUGGAUGCUCGAUUGGUGGCUUUCCACAGUAUAUCGUGAAUGCCACUAGUGAAGACCAAAUUGCGACCGCGCUGAUGUGGGCGGCAGAUCGGAAUAUCCGCGUCGUUAUAAAAGGAACGGGCCACGAUCUCAACGGAAGGUCGAGCGGCGCCUUUUCCUUGUCUAUUUGGACUUACAACCUACGCAAGUUGGAACGGCACACAUCCUGGCGGAACCCAUGUACCAACGCUUCUGAAGACGUGUACAUUGUUGGCAGUGGCCAGCAAUGGGGCAACGUUCUCGACAUGGCCCUCGAGCAGGGCAGAGUCGUGACUACCGGCCAAGACCCGAGCGUCGGGCUCGGUGGCUACAUCCAGGGCGGUGGCCAUGGUCCAGUUGCCCGCACCUACGGUCUUGCUGCGAGCCAUGUUCUCCAGAUGAGAGUUAUCACGACGAGAGGCGAGAUUCUGGUGGCCAACCACGCCCAGAAUCAAGACCUGUUUUGGGCGCUCCGUGGCGGUGGCCCUGGCUUGUACGGUGUGGUCACCGAAUAUGUUAUCAGACACCAUCCAGUCCCCCGAAAUGUGGUCAUGGGAAAUCUUCUCAUUGCGCCCAAGGAUGAUGGGACCAAUCGAAGUGCAGAGGCGUCCUGGGAUGCCGCCGUGGCCCAUCUCUCUGCGCUCCCGGACCUCAUGGAUGCCGGACUGGCAGGUGCUGCCAUGGUGGCCGUUGGUGAAACAGCCAUGUCAUUCGGAUCCCUCAAUUACUCCACCACCGGAGUGGUUGUUACACAGGUCUUCUGGUGA